AUGCUUGCAUUGACAGUAAUAAUAUCCGCAGCCUUGAGCUUGGCCUCGUUGGCAGCCGCGCAGACAACGGCCGCACCGCCAGUGGCUGACGGGAAAUACGGCGUCCUGCGCACGCUGGUGAGCCAGAGCUGCCUGCAGCAGUGCUACAUCGGCACGUGCAGCGAUAUCGAUCCGGCAUGCGUGUGCUCGACACUGGCGAACGACGAGACGGCAGCGAAGGCGUGUGCCGAGAAGAAUUGUCCCACCACUGCGUUCGACGCCCUGAGGGAGGAGUGUGUGUCGAGGAGUGCAGAUCUGGGAGUCGUCUUUGCGGGCGAAGGGGACGGGAGUGUUGCAACGACUUCGUCUGCAGCCGCGGCGAGUACGGCAGCCGACACGACUUUAGUGCCUUCCGGAGGGGCAGCGACCGAGCUCCUCCCGCCUUCCGCCGCCGGCGCCUCCGCUGCCGCCGUUGACAGCACCAGCACCAGCACCAGCACCACCGCGGCAACGCACUUCUCAGUCCCCGCGCGGCCGCCCGGGCUCAUCGCGGCAGCGGUGAUCUCACCGAUCGCGUUCCUCGGACUCCUCGGCCUAGGCGUAUUCCUAUUCCGGCGACGGCGGCAAAAGCAGCUGAAGCGCGCGUCGAUCAACACAUUCAUGGACCAAUCCGGGCCGCACUCGCCGCAGAUCGGCGGGCCGCUCGACGUGCGCCACGAGAAGCUGCCGGAUUUCCUGAACGACAUAUUGAGGCAGCCGGAGAACGGCUCGCGCGGCCAGAGGAUCCCCGCUUAUGAGAAUCCGGAAACACUGGGUCCUCCGACGGCGGGAAUGGGGAUGGGGAUCGUGCAGCCAAUGGGAUAUGAGCGCCGAGUUCCGACUUCCCCCCAGCACACGACUAACCACACUCGUGACCCUUCGGUGGGCUACAGGAGCGCCACUCCUGCCGGCAUCUCCGGCUACGAGAACCCCGAGACCCUUGGCCCACCCACGGUAACACGGAGCGGAUCGACGGCGGCCGCAGCGGGGUACGAGCGGCGAAUUGCGGCCUCACUCGCGCCGGGCUCCACUGCGGCCAACCGCAGCCCCACCACGGCGGGCAUCCCCGCCUACGAAAACCCAGCCCUCGCCUACCCCGGCUACCCCAGCGCUGGCACCGGCACCGGCACCGACGACCCAUUCCGCGACCCGAUAACGACUCAGCAGACAUUCUCGUUCCCACCGCCGCCCAGCAGCAGCGGGGGCGGCGGAUCCGGGCGUGGCACACCUGCUCCCGCGCCCCGAUCCGGCCACGCCACACCCGCUCCCGCGCCCACGCUCACGCGCAACUCCUCGCUCUCGGCCAUCUCCGAGCGCUCCCGCGGCUCAGCCGCGCGCCACGGCCACGACACGCAGGUCGAGAUGCGGAUCGCGUAUCGCGCGCUCCGCAGAGAGGUCGGCGAUAAUGGGAGUGAUUGGGGUGGGUCGCAGCAGCACAGCCAGCACCACCAGCACAGCCAACAGCAGAUGCACAACCAGCAGCUGAUGCACCAGCAGGUGGUGCCCAGGAGGCUUAUGUAG